GGGAACUAGACAGCAUCUUAUGAAUAUAUCUGGGAGAGGAAAACAGCUACUGUGCGUGUGUGUUACAGUCAAUAGGACGACUGGUGCCUGAAUAUCGUGUGGUCUAGAUGUGCCCUAUGCUUCAAUCAAAAUGAUGAUUCAGUCCAUGCCAAUGUUGACAUAAAAAGCUGUGUUUCAAAGUACUUAUAAAGGCAAUCCGAGAAUACCAUGUACCCUUUAUGGAUAUAAACUCUAAAGCUUUAUUCUGUAGAACAACAUGUCGUUACCAAAAAUUCAAAUUGAGGAUGCAGAAGAAGAAGCAGAAUCUAAUGAAAUUCAGCCUCCCGAUGAUCAUCUCAGAAGCUUAAAGGCUCUCACUGAAAAACUAAGAUUGGAGACUAGAAGACCUUCCUACCUAGAAUGGCGUGCAAAGCUUGAAGAUCAGCCAUGGAAAACCCCAAAGCCUACUGGAGAUCAAGAGGCGAAGGAGCCCCGAAAACCACUGGAAGGAACCAAAAAUAUGAAAUCGGUUCAACCCUGUGCAAAUGCUACAAAUGAGGACAUUCAUACGUCAGGGAAAAUAAAUGGAUUUGAUAAUAUUGAUGAUGCUCUAAAUUGGCUCAGGAAGGAACUGACAGAAAUGCGCCUUCAAGAUCAACAGCUGGCCAGGCAACUCAUGAGACUUCGCAGUGACAUAAACAAGCUGAAGAUCGAGCAGACGUGUCACCUACAUCGAAGGAUGCUGAAUGAUGCAACCUUUGAACUAGAAGAAAGGGAUGAACUAUCUGAUCUUCUAUGUGACUUCCCUCUGAUAUCUUCAUUCAGCCUCUCAGCUCCCCUUAAACUUAUUGGUGUUACCAAAAUGAACAUCAAUUCACGGAGGUUUUCACUCUGUUAGAUGUUGCCAAUAGAACCUUAAAGUAAAGACUAAGGCUAUGUUUUAUAAUGGGCUUGAAUUAACUAUACAAUUAAAAUGUAAAAUGUUACUGCCUUACAACAAUAACAUCUAUUUAAAGAAAGCCAAUAACUGUGGAAUAUGUGCGUGAUCCAAAAAAGGACAGCAUAAUAUGUAGCAGUGCACGGUAGGGAUCCAGAACCAAUGUAACCAUUAUAGGACCCGUUCAAUACAAUGUAAUCUAUUUUUAGUUCAGCAAAAUUUGAGUGACAAUACACAUAUUACUACCACUAACGUGUAACAACUCUUUUUCUAGAUUCUAAUAUGUGAGUGUGAUAAACCAUUUUCAAUUUUGAAGCCAUUCCUCUCUAUAAAAAUGCCUGGCUUUCUAGUGGUUUUCAAAUGGCUUCAUUAACUUAACAGACACUGCACUAAGGGGUCAAUUUAUCAAAGGCUUCGUCCCCCAUGACUGCAGGUUCUCACAAGAGAACCUGCAGCAGUCCGUAUUUAAGAAGCAGCAGUUAUCAGACCUCUGCUUCCCUAACCUCAUCGCCACCUCUCGUCCGACCAAGGAGAUUGACAGCUUCUGGCCAUGCACGAUUGGCUGUGCGCGGGCAGGGGGCGGCGUUGCACAAGAGCGAAAAUUGUGUUCUUAUGCAAUGCUGAAUUCCAACAGUGGUAUUCAGCCAGUCAGAGGUGAGUUGCAGUGCACAGGGCCGCGUAUGUAUGCCCCUGUCUGCCGUAGCUUGAUAAAUCGACCUCUAAAAGUCCCCUCACCAAUGACAAUGCAUCAGUGUUAAUUGUCCCCAGGUUUUGGCUAAUUUAACACAGAAUAACGUUCCUUUUUUGUCUGCAACACAUUCUCAAUUGCAGAAUUGAACAAACAUAAUAAUUUUUUCACUUCAUAAAAUGUUAUGGUUCAAAAAAUAUUGAUGCUUGAAUGAAUUUUGAUGCACUCAAUCUUAAAGUUGAACUUUUAAUAUUAUUUUAAAAAUGUUAUUUUAUGUAAAAUAUAUAGAAAGUCUCAACAUAUGCCGCUAAUGAUUCCCCAUGAGUUGCAAACCAGUGCUGGGAACUAGAACACCUACUUGUUCCUUAAAUAAAAAUUUCCAAAGAAAUGAAAAUUGUAUAUAAAGAAAGGAACCAAAGGGAAAAAAACAAAGAAUUGUCCUUUGUAUGUACUUGGCAAUAACAGGUCACAUUGGUAUCAGGUACCACUUUUAAACUUAUAUUAAAAGUUUGGUUUCAAAGGGAUACUAAACCCAAUUUUUUUCUUUAAUGAUUCAGAUAGAUCAUGCAAUUUUAAGCAACUUUCUAAUAUAAUCCUUCUAUCAAUUUUUCUUUGUUUUCUUGCUAUCUUUAUUUAAAAAGCAGGAAUUUAAAGCUUAAGAGCCAGACCAUUUUAGGUUCAGCACCCUGGAUAGAACUUGCUUAUUGCUAACUACAUUUAGCAAACCAAUAAGAAAGCAUAACCCAGUUUCUAGACCAAACAUGAGAUGGCUCUUAAGCAUUAAAUUC